AUGUCCUCCUCUGAGGUCAGAAGCCCUCCAUCAAGGACCAUGACCAAGCACUCUGCCCCAUACGACGACCAGCACCUGCGCCUUCUGAACAAGGGCACCUUCGGAGAGGUGUACCACCGCCCGAACCACUCAACCGUAUACAAGCAGGUCUUUGACGCUUACGGCGACAGCAAUCUCCUCGCCGAGUUCAACCAAACUGCACUCCGCCAUUGGAGAACCAUCUGA